AUGGCGGCGGGGCGGGUGUUCCCCUUCCGCGACGCGCGCUGGGCCCCGGACCCGGUGCUGGCGCCGAGCGCGGCCGUGCGCAGCCCUCAGCCGGUGCCGCUGGUGAUCGACAACGGCUCUUUCCAGACGCGGGCGGGUUGGGCCGCCGCCGACCCCUCGGUCCCCGCCGAGCCCCUGCUGCGGUUCCGCUCGCUGGCGGCGCGCAGCCGCGGGGCGCGCGGGGCGGCCGGCGCCGAGACGCAGGUGGGCAACGACCUGGGCAGCCCCGAGCCGCUGCGCUGGCUGCUCCGUUCGCCCUUCGACCGCAACGUGCCCGUGCAGCUGGAGCUGCAGGAGCUGCUUUUCGACCACGUCUUCCAGCGCCUGGGGGUCUCCUCGCAGGGUUGCGUUGAUCAUCCAAUAGUUUUGACGGAAGCAGUGUGCAAUCCUUUGUAUUCAAGGCAAAUGAUGUCAGAGCUCCUCUUUGAAUGCUAUCAAGUUCCUAAAGUGUCCUAUGGUGUGGAUAGCUUGUACAGCUUUUACCACAACAGGAGGCAGAACUGGCCUUGCAGUGGGUUGGUAAUAUCUUCAGGCUAUCAGUGUACGCAUAUUUUGCCGGUCCUAGAAGGGAGGUUGGAUGCUAAAAACUGCAAGCGUAUCAAUCUUGGAGGCUGUCAGGCAGCUGUGUACCUGCAGCGCCUCCUCCAGCUGAAGUACCCCGGGCACUUUGCUGCCAUCACUCUCAGUCGCAUGGAGGAAAUACUGCAUGAGCACAGCUACAUUGCGGAGGACUAUACAGAAGAACUACAGAAGUGGCGCUCACCAGAGUACUAUGAGAACAACGUGCAUAAGAUGCAGCUGCCCUUCUCUAACAAACUCCUGGGGAGCACUCUGACAUCAGAAGAAAAGCAGGAGAGGCGGCAGCAGCAGUUACGUAGACUUCAGGAACUCAAUGCACGUCGUAGAGAAGAGAAGCUGCAGCUGGACCAGGAGAGGCUGGACAGGCUGCUCUAUGUACAGGAACUUCUGGAAGAUGGUCAAAUGGAUCAAUUCCACAAAGCUUUAGUGGAGCUGAACAUGGACUCUGCAGAGGAACUUCAGUCUUACAUCAACAAGUUGAGCCUGGCCAUUGAACAGACAAAACAAAAAAUCCUACAGGCAGAAGUCAAUAUCGAAGUGGAUGUUGUGGACAGCAAACCAGAGACCCCUGACUUGGAUCCACUCGGCAGCGAGCAGUCACUGGAAGAUGUUGAAAGUAUUAAUGAGUUCGAACCUUUAUUUGCUGAGGAACAACCUGAAGCUGAGAAGCCUGUUGCUGCAGUGCAGCCCGUGUUUAACCUGGCAGAAUACCACCAACUUUUUCUUGGCACUGAAAGAAUAAGGGCUCCAGAGAUCAUCUUCCAGCCCUCCCUGAUAGGAGAAGACCAAACUGGUAUAGCAGAAACGAUGCAGUAUGUCCUCGAAAGGUAUUCAAAAGAGCAACAAGCUGUUCUUGUGCAGAAUGUUUUUCUUACUGGUGGAAAUGCAAUGUACCCUGGACUAAAGGCCAGAGUCCAGAAAGAACUCCUCGAAAUGAGGCCAUUCCAGUCAUCUUUUCAGGUUCACCUUGCUUCCAGUCCCAUUUUAGAUGCCUGGUACGGGGCUCGGGAUUGGGCAGUGGAGCACAUGACCCGUGAGGAAGGUUGGAUUACCAGAAAAGACUAUGAAGAAAAAGGGGGAGAAUACCUCAAGGAGCACUGUGCCUCCAAUGUCUACGUGCCCAUUCGCCUUCCAAAGCAGGCCCCGAGGACUACAGAGGCAUUAGCACCCAGCAGGGCCCUGGCAGCUGGUACAGGCAAUCCUUGUGAGCAGGCGUAGCAGUGAUGAGCUUUUGUCACAGUCCCUCCCGUGGAGGUAACAGUGCAAGGAACAAAGCUAAUGCUCUGCAGCCUGAGCUGUGUGUGGAGCACAGGCCUUGGGCUCGCCUUGUUGGCUGCUCUGAGAGUGCAAAGCACCUCAUCUGUUGCUUGAAAGAGAUGUACUGCUCUAGAGCUGGAGCCAUUGUAAUGGGUUGUGCUGCUGCUGCAUAGCACGGGGAUGUGAAUCAACAAGGAGGAGCGCAGGAAAAAUACAUUCCAGAGGAGAAUACUGUCUUAUGAACUUUUAUAAUAAGACUCGGGGUUACUUGAAAAUGUUUGUGGAUAUUUUUUAAUUAAAAUGUACUGGUUGUAUACUGCUCUCAUUGCACAGUGCAGAAGCUGGGCUUGUAUUACACGAGUCAGCCCAGCAGGUGUCUCCGUUGCUCGCUGCAGAGAGCUGUUGCAAAGCUGUGCUGGAGGGGCUGCUCGGCCUCCUCCUGAGGCCCUCUGGGCUCGGCCUCAUUGAUGUCCAUCUUGCUACGUGCUUCUGGUAAACCACUGCACGAUCAGUGAGAUUUCAGACGCUUUCUGAAUUUGUCAGCUGCUGGCAUCUUGGUUAAAAGUAGAGGUCUGUUCACACAGCAUGGCUCAGCUGUAAAGAAAGAGCUCUCCUUAAAGCACAGACCAGGAGGAAUGCAGUCCUGUGAAGUCUGUAUGUGAUUUUGUAGGAGUGAGGGCUGAGCAGGGCAGCUCUCGACAGGUGUGACUGCUCUUUGAAAGCUGGCUGGGAGCACCUGCAUAUUACAGAGCAUGUUGCAGCUGAUCUGUAGCUAUAUUUCAUGAUACACAGUGCAGUGGUUUCUCCAUUAGAAGCCUCUUGGUAGCACGUUCUCCUGAAACCAUUAGCGUUGGUCAUAUUAUUACAGUGGUGGGAAAGAGGACAGAUCAUGCCCUUGCAGAAGUCCCUUGCCACUCCUAAUGUGGUCUCACAGUACUAGAAAGGGGGCCAACAUGAAUGUAGUCAGGAUUGUUAGCUGCCUCUGAGGGUCAGGUUUACCUUUUGACUUAAAGUGCUUCUGAACUGCUGGCAGUGUGACUAAAUCAGAGUAGGGGGUGGUCACUGAAAGAUUUGUUAGCAAUAAAGCGAACUUUUUGCUUUAUCACUGAUGUGUUUCAGUGAUCUGAGCUCUUUAAUAGUACAGUAAUUAGCAUGUAUUUGAGUGGUUGUGUUUUUCAGCCAGGCCCCUGUCCUGCACAACAUACUCCAGAUGAAAUGUAACUGAAGAUCUGUUUCUCACACUGAACAACUUGCUGUUGCUUUCCCAAAAGAAUAAUCAGUGCUAAAUGCUGGACUGAAAUCUAAGCAGACACCAGCAGUUUAGCAAGAGCCCUGAACUGUUAGGCUGGAAAAAGUAAGACUAUGAGGAAAAUAUCCGGGCCAUAAUUGGUAUCAGGAGGGUAAGCAGGUGGUGGCUUACAGUGAGUCCCGUGAGAGCUGCAGAGCAUUGAGAUAAGUUAUCUUGCUGAGCCAAAACAAAGGGUGUGAGAUGGGGGUUGAUGCUGAAGUGUUGAGUUUAUUGCCAUAGGAUGUGAUACACACAUCUGAUAGCAAAAAUCUCAACCAGACCUGUGAUUUUAAGAGAAGGUGAGUGUCCAGCUCUGAGGUCCUGCACACUGAGGUCGCAGCUGUGUGCAGAAGUUACACAUGUUCAUAUAUUGCUCAGGGAGUGUAGUGGGGGAAGUGGUAUGGAGCUGCUCUGCUGCCUGGUUCCUGAGGUACCUGGCACUGGUUUCUCCCUCUGGUCUCAACUGGUUGGAGGGAGGGAGGAGGAAAAGGGAACCUGCUGCCUCUAGCUAGGACCAGCAAUCCAGAUUUGAGGCUAUCCCUAGCUGCCUCCAGGCCUACUGCUUUUCAGGAACAUUAAGGCAGUUCGAGGUGUUCAAAGAAUGUGGAAAAGCAUGCUGUGCUGAAAUGCAGAAAUGUUACACCCCACCAAAGCGCCUCUUUUGGUUUUGUUUGUGUCAGUGAGCUGGGCAGGGUGGUGUCCCAUUGUUGUCUGACCCCUUUCUGACCCAUCUCUAGCUAUCGUGAUAGGCACAGUGCUCAUGAUGUUCGAUAUCUGGAGUAGUAACACUGCUCUAAAUGCUUGGCCAAACUGUUCCAACCAUUCUGCUUAUUAAUUGAAAGCAGAGCUGUCUAAUGCAGUAAGGAGUUGCCAAGUCAGCUGCUUUGACUGCUUCAAGGAAGCAUGAUUUUAUAAUCUUCUAAAUAUUAGCUAUUAAUUUGCUACUUUAUCCCUGUAAUAACUGGAGUAUCUAAUGAACUUGGGCAAUACAAUUGCAGUCACAAGCUGUGCAAAAUAUGCUGGUGUCACUUAAUUGCUCGGAGUAGCAAUGUUAAAAGGGUGGACGUUGGAAAACAGGAUUGAUUUUACUAGCUGAAGUUUGCUUUCCUGAUUUGUUGUGCUGAGGUGCUGCGUGAGUGGUGGUGGCACAAAGGUUGAAUGAGUGUGUGGUGCUGAGGGCAGGAGGAAGCAGUGUUGGUUUUGGCAGUACUGUUAGUUGAAGUUCUCCUGGAUGCCCACCGUGGUGAUGUUUCUGUGGCGAGGUUUUCUCAUGCCCGUGUGAAGAGUUUGGUGUCAGUUUUCCAUAUCACUGAUGUAGGGUGCACCAAACCCAGAGGGGGCUUGGAACCUUCCUCCUGUGCUUUGGCUUAUGCCACCUAAAGGAGGAGGGGGCCGGUAAGAUGCCUUCCUGGCUUUUUCUGAUGGGUGUCUGGCUGUGUGGGGAGCUGUAGGAGGAAUUGUUACUGGAGGGGAAAAAAUACAGCUCUGUGGACAGGAAAGUGCAGGUGAUGUCACUGUGAGAGCCUUUGGCAAGUGCUCAGUGGGCUGAGCAGAGCUGCUGUGUAGGCAGCCUUGUGGUCAGCAGUGUGUUUAUCCUCACAGGUGUCCUGCAAGCUGACAAGUGAGGUUGCCAGCCUGAGUUGGUGGAGUGGUCUGUAGCUGGUCCUCAGUACUUGAGGUUUAAAGCAGCCCACAACCUUAUUAUGCAACCGAGUUACUGCCUAAUUCAGGUCAAAGAAUACAAAAGUACAAGUUGCAAUUUGUCAGGCUUGGUGAGCUUGGUCUAUUUAAUCUAAACGGAGCUCAAACUGGGUUCCACCUUUCACAGGGUCCCUAAGAUCUGUUUGGAGUGGGAACACCACGUCAGUGAGGAGCCCUGGAGACUAAACGUGGGGCACGUGUCCCACGUCCCAGAUUUCUGCUUGGGCUGUGUGCAGGGCUUGCUGCUGCUCUUCAAGGCUUCUUAUGUUUCCUGUGCCACGACGACUUCAAACACAAACCAUUCUUUGCUAAAUCUCCGCCAGGACACCAAGGUUGGAACUCUUUGCUUCAGUUAUUAAUCUCCAAAAUAGUUAAUGAUGUGCUGGGUAAGACAGCAUUUCAGAAGAAAGAGGAGAUGCCUGUGAACUGUCACUUAAAAUUUAGGAUUAUCCCUCCAGUGACAGCCUGCAAUGAUCAUGUAGCAGCCGGGCAUAAAGCAGAACUUCUGAAGCUUGUGUGGGAUGAGCAGGGGAAGGCAGACUGCUGUAAUGGAUUUAAUGUUAUCCCCCAAGUCAGGUGGUGGGAUUUCCACCCUGGUUCAACACGUCAGGCACAGAGCAGCUGCUCAGAGUCCCAUUUUUCACUCCCACUGCCAGUCCUUGCACAUGAGCUUCAACAAAACUGCCUGGUCUGAUGGUCUAAGUGGUUCAGACUGCGGCUUCCCGGUGCGGUUUGCCAAGAAUUCUCCACGCUGCAUUUUACUCUCUCUUUGCAGAUGCUCAGCUUCCCAUGGUUAGCUGCUGCACACCUUUUACUCCACUUCUGAGCCCAGCCUUGGCUCUUAUGACAUCAAAGUGCUAUCAGUUUUUAUGUUUUUUUGUUUUCUUUUUAAUUGCAUUGUUUCUUCUAUAUCCUUAGGGAUCUUCCCUUUUUUUGAGCAGUGGGCUUGCUUUCCAUUUCCUAAGGCAGUAGAGACCAUUAUGAGAGUACUAGACCGAGAGCCAGGAGGCCUGCCUUCAUUUUCAUCUCUAUUUACUCCUGACAAGCUAGUUUGUGCUUGUUAGCUUUGACCUUGCUCCUGUGCCUCGGCAUCUAUAACAGCAAAAUGAACCCAAGAGUCAUGCUGGUAGAGGCUGUUCACACUGUGUAACAGCUGCAGAAGACAGUAAGGGUGGUGGGAAGGCUGAAAAGGGGUUUGCAGGGAAGGAGGGAGGUCAGAUAAAACCCAGGGGAGUAGGUCCAUGUGUGCUUCAUGGUCAACUGGGCCAGGUGCAGGUAGGAGUCUUCAAAACCACUUGCUGCCUGAAGCUGGAUGAGGCAUGCAGUAGUGCAGGAAUCACUCUGUACUUGUGUUCUUUUAUUCUUCAACAAUUGCUGCUGAGCACUGUCAGAAUAUGGAACAAACUGGGUUUAUGGUCUGACUCAAGAACUUCUAUGCUCUCAGAAUUCCUGAUCUUGUGCAGGACGGGAUUUCUUUACCUGUUAAUUUAUGUUAGGUGUGAGGUGAAGAACAAAGUGUUUUAUCUUUAUCUGCCAGGAAGUAAAAUGAAUAGAAGCGAUGUGCUGGUGGGGAAAACUUCUUUCAUGUUGUCAGUGAGGCUCCUUGUAGGCAUCAGACUCUGUGCUUUCAGCUCAGGCUGUUAAACCAGGAAGCUCGGGGCGCUGCUCUUGGCUUCAUUCAGACCCAGUGAAUUCCAGAGGAGAGACCUUUUGAAAACAUCGAAGCUCCCUGUGCUUGGAGGAUGUGAUACCUGAACUUCAUUUAUGGUAAUAAAGCAGGAAAUGGAGCCUGACUCACUGACACUUGUUCUGCAGCCUGAGCAGCAGCCUGACCCAUCAGGUGAGGAGCAGCCCUGGGGGUGCCCUGAGGGCUGGCAGCGACGCGCGCUGCUCCCUGCACAGCUCCAGACAUAAUUCUGUUUGCUCUCUGUCUUUAUAAUCUGUUGUCAGCACUCCAGAGGCAAAAUACCUUUUCCAUGUCCCCAGCUGUUUUAUAGGUUGUAUCCACAGUAACACGGAUUCUGCCAUGGCUUUUUAGGUUCACAGAGGGUGUUACCAGGUAGAUUCCAUCUGCCAGCUCUGGCUUUGAGCAGUCAGUAAGCUUCUUGCAUAGCUUGUUGAGUAUUAGGAAAAGCAGCUCUGAUUGCUGAAUGUGGCAGGGCUGCUUUUUUUUGGUCAUCUUUACACUCAGUUUUAUGUGCCUUGGGUUGAACACAUACAUUAGCAGGAUGCUCCUGGCUGGUGUUGUUUUUCACCACUGCAGAAUGCAUUUCCAGCCCUGACCCUUAGAUCACUAUAAUUUCAUUUUCCGUGCUGCAGCUUGGUUAAAAUAUACCCCACUCCUCCUCUCACCCCAGAUUCCUGCCACAUACCUGGCAUUCCUUCAUCUUAAUGAGAUGAGGGAGUGGGGGAUUUCACCCUCCUGGAAUUUUAGAGGAAUACUAAGUGGAUUUCUCAUGAAAAGCUCCAUUUAGGAUAUAAAUCUCUCCAGAAGAUAGCCUCACGUGGCAAACCUUGCUUUUGCUGGUAGUGGCAAGCAGUUUUUUAGCUCCUUGUUUGAUCAUUGUGGUGCAGGUAUUGCUGUGAUGGAGCGAGCUGCUGGGUGGAGGCUGAGCUCUUAUCAGUUUGUGUAGGCAGGGCACUGGGCACCUCCUGCUGCUGGCACUCGGCCUUCCUGCUGGGUGCUGCGAUCUGCCCAAACUCUAUUGCUUUAUUUUGCCUUGUCUAUGUGGAAAAUGUUCACUGCCAAAUGAAAAUAGUUUUGUUCCAGGCUUGGCCAUGAAUUUACUCUACGGAUCAUGAAGCUGCAUUGGACCAGUUUCCUGCAGCUGACCCAGGAGGUGUUGGGCAGUGGUGUCCCAUGGCAGCAGGAGCACACUGUGUUUGUCACAGCGCUCGCUGAUGGUGGCCUUGCUGAGGCUGGUGUGCUGCAGCCACCUGGAGAUGCUCAGUCCCUGCUGCAGGGAGGCUCCACAUGUUCACACAUAGCAGUGACAGUGGUCCCAGCUGCCUGGAGUAGUUUCAGGACUGCCCUGGAGCACUUGCAUCCCUGUAGGGAUGGAGCAGGAGUGGUGUGUGUACAACAGGAAGGGGAGGCUGCCAAUAAUGACAGCUGGCUGAUGCUGGGUAAGCAGUGAGGCACGGAAAUGCAGUGUGCCCAGAGCUGUCUGCGUGGGAUCCAGCUCCAUCACAGGGCUCUGCCCUGUCCCACGUGUCAGGAUGGAUUAAAGAAUACAAAUCACAGAGCUCAGCAUGUAGGUGGAUGUUGGAGUGGCAGCACCAUGCUGUGCCAUGAGCUUCUGCCACGGAGGUGCUGUGAAUGUGCUGCAGUCUGUGAGGACGCUGCUGUGAUGAGCCCUGUGCUGUGCAGCUCUGUUCUGGAGCCCCGCGGGGUGUGAGGGCUGUGGCUGCUUUCAUCCUGCUCCACGCGGCAGGCGGCCACGGGUGUCCUGCUGCAGGAGGAACGGGGGAGAGGAAAGCUUUGAUUCCCAGCGAUGGACACCACGGUGCUCGGGAUGGAAGGGCCGGGGGCUCCUGCUUUGCUUUUAUCCUUUGUGACUGGGACAUGUUGUUGUGGGAAUGGCUGUGACCUCUCCUCCGGCUUUGUGCUCCCUGGCUGAUAUUGUUCACAGCAGCUUUGAUAUGCAGCUCGGGGGGGAGCUGGAAGAGCUAAGCCUAGCUGCUCACUGCAUGCUGCGGCCUGGCAGGAGGUGCCCCUGAGCUCGGAUGGAGCUCCCCGUGCCCUGGGGAGGGCAGUUGAGCCGUGUGACAUCACGGGCUGUCCUUGGGGUGCUCAUGUGCUCAGCAUCUGCUGCUUGUGGGUGUGAUUUCCUAGGGAAGGAGAGCUGGGAGGCUGCAGAGCUGCAGUGCUGUGCUCAGGGUGUGGGGUCACUGCUGCAGGUGGGAGAUGCCCACGGCGUGAACCCACGAUGGCCUGCAGACAGCAAGGCAGACCUCGCAGGGACGGCUCACACUCAUGACUGCUUUUCUCUGGGGUACGUUUUAAAAACCCCGGUGAGUUUUGUUUUUCCACAGCACAGCAGGCUCCCUAGGCAUCAGAGAGGACAAUUCCCAGAAGCUGUAAAACCCUCAACUUGUUUACACAACUCAACAUGCACUUUAUAAUAUUGUGUCACCCUUCAACCUUCUCUGCUGGUUGUUUUAUGUGCUGGAAUCUGGAAUACGUGUAAGCCCUGUUGAUGCUGUCUGCCUUACACAGGCUCGAGAUGCUUUUAAUUGCAAAUUCAGUGCUGUUUCUAUGAGCAGUUGACAACUCAAUCACAGGAGCCAGCUGUCAGGAAGAAGAGCUCUUAUCAGGUAUCAAAUGUAGCCCUACAGUCAGAGAUGGGAGCUCAGGGCAGGGGUUUGUUUCAGGCCAUGGGCUCUGUGGGAUGGGUUUGGUAUGUUGUUCCCACUUCAAGCUGAGUUCUGCCUUGUGCAGGUGCUUUCCAGCAUGGAAGCAGAGCUGGGUCCAACCUGAAUAUCUCUGAACCUCUAAGAAGUGGAUGCUAUAAAAGCAAGCCCAAACAAACCAACCCCCUGAAACAAAUGAACAAAACCUCAGAAUGCCAGUGCUCUGACUCCAGUAUUUUGCACUGAAAGAACCCUCACAGAUGCACCAACUGCUUUCUAUUUGUCUCCUUUCCAGAAGGGUGUUGGAGCCGCCCCACCUCCUGAAUUGAAGGAAGUCUUUUCCUGAAAUGAGCACAGAAAGGCUCCAGGUUUCUGGCUCAGGAAGUCGCUCCUCAAGCCUGGGGCCGGCACAGACAUCCCUGUCAGGCCAGUGGAAUCCCAGUGAGUGAAGUCCUGCCAAGAGCAGUGAGUUUGGUUGCUCCCGCUCUGUUUUUCUUCCCAUGCUGUGCCAGAGGGUGAGCAACCAGGGUCUUCCUUCCUAUUCAGAGAAGGCUUAAAUCUAGGCUGAGAACAAACCAUAGUUUUGUUUCUUAGGCAUCCUAAAGACCUUCCUACAAAUAAGUCAAAAUGUGUACGUUUUCAAGUGCUCUGCCCCUUGGGAUUUGUGUUCCUGCUUGAAAAUAAAAGCUUGUAAUUCUCUAA